AUGGAGAUGGAAUUUCUUAAGUCCGCAUAUGAAGCUAACCCACUCAGUGUGAAGGGUAUUGUGAUUGCUGAUAAUAAGAUUGUUAAUGAAUUUAAUUUGGCAUUAUCUGAGAUUAAACCAUUAACGACAUUAUACAAAGUACGGGAGUAUUUAACUCAAAAAAAUUUAGUGAUAGUUGGUCGACAAAACUCUCAUUUUCGAAAUAAGUUUGAAUAUAAAAUACCAUUCGUUAAUGAAGACGACUAUAAAUUAAAGGAUAUUUUAGUUCCGACAGAUGGAACGAUUGAUUCCGCUGCGUCUUUUUCAUUCUUUAUUGAAAAAGAUUUGACAAGGCCCGGCUUUCCUGAAAUCGUAAGGAACCUUAAUCUAACUAAAGGGUAUAAAAGAAAUGAAAGAAAUGAAGUUAUUCAAGCAAAUAAAAAUGCAUUCCGAAUUAAGAAUAUGCAUUUAAUGGAGAUUAUAACCCAUCAAACCCUUGAAGAAAUUGAAGAUAAUCAAGGAAGGUUCCUUUGUUGUGUAAAAGGCACUAUCAGAUUAUUACCAGGAGAUUUGGAAGCGACCGAAGAAUACAUUGAGGCUAUUGAAGAUGCUUUAAAUGAAGAUAUAAAUAUAGAUAUAAAAGCAUCUCUACAUAGAGUAGGUAGAGAAUAUGGUUUUUUCUGGCCAAAAGAGAUUAUACUUGGAGGGAAAUUUCAAUUAAGCGAUGAACCAACCGAUACCAGAGAGCUAGAAAAAUUAAAAAAUUUCAUAAAUUGGAGAAUUAUUGAUCAAAAGGACUUAACAUCAUUACAUACGUUAUUGCCAGAACAGCUUGUUUCAAGGAUAAGAAGGGUUUACGGAAUGAAACUAUUAUAUCAUAAUAGUUUAUCCGUCCAUAUGCCAAAAGGAAAGAGGAUUUUACCUCAACCUCUUCCAAAACCGCAAACCAUUCCAACAUUUAAAAACGUUAAGAUUUUUACUUCUGUAAUUGUAUUGAACAAAACAAAACCAUAUCGUAACAUGUUUGUAAUUAGAGUCGAAUAUAUGGACGAUGAGACCCCAUAUGUUGUAAUACAACGUAUUGGGAAACCAAAAAAGGCUUUUAACCUCUUCGUUCCUUAUAUGAUAAUCGGUUACGAGGAAGGUCUACCAACUGAAAGGCUUCCGGAUAACUCAAUUGACCAUAUUGACACUGAAAGAUAUCAAUAUGAUAGCGAUAUUCAUAUCGAACAUCCAAGAUUGACAAAAGAUUACUGUAUUAUUGGAACCCCUAUAUUAAAAUGUAGGGAUAAUCCUGGUUAUAAUUUCGGAACAUCUAAAGAUGUAAUUAGUUAUCAUUUCCGUCAACGUAAUAACGAUAAUGGUAUUACGCAAUUACAAUGUUAUCAUUAUGAUCUCCGAUCUGAUGGGGUCAAAAACUCCUUAAUAUUUGAUAUGAAUUAUGCCAUUAUCUCAAGCCAAAAUUCAGAUUUUAUUGUAACUAGCGCAGCAAAUCAAAAUUGGACAUACAGAUCCUACAAUACGUUGCCAUUAAGCGAAAAUAGUCGUACAUUCACUGGAGGAAGAUGGGAAGUGUUUGUGCACCCAAAACCCAUGUUCGCAAGUAUCCAAUAUUCUGAUCCUCCAAAUCACCCUCUUUUUUUAAAUAUUCAUAAGAAGUAUCCGAUAGUAAAAUCUCUGAAUGUUAUUGCAGAAGAUCUUCGUAGUCCUCUUGGCUACGUUAUAGUGAGAAGGGCAGUAACUGAUUAUUAA